UAGUCACCCAGAUGCAAGCAUUGUUACAUGAGCAUUCAGAAAGGACUGAUAGCUAAGAGUUUAAAACUCAUCAAAAGAAGCAUUUGGAUGUUUUUUCGUAUGCUUUCUUGAGAAGGAAUUCGCUAUUGCGCAUUUAAAAAGACAUGGCUGCGGAUUGGCUGGGUUGUUUAGUGUCAAUCAACUGUGGCUCGACACUGGGAGUCUAUCAAGGAGAGGUAUCAUCAGUGGACCAGUCCUGUCAAACCAUUUCGCUCAGACAACCUUUCCACAACGGAGUCAAGUGCCCGGUUUCAGAGGUCACAUUCAGUGCCAUUGACAUAAAGGACCUCAAGAUCUUGGAAAUCAGAAAUGCUCAAAAUAACUCUGCAGCGUUGACUAAUACAAGCAGUGUCCCGGUUGCAGUACCAAAAGGUGAUCUUCGGACAGUAGAGAUGGUCAAUUCUCUGCAACACUGCUCCAAAAGCUAUGGAGACCGCCAUCUGGAUGUCCCGAAGGGCUUCAGGCGAAGACACAACUCCUGGUCAUCAAGCAGUCGAGGCGGAAACCAAGCCACGCCCAAAAAGAAUGGGCUGAAAAAUGGGAGCAGCCAGAUGAAGCAAAGGGACGAUGAGUGCUUCGGCGAUGGCAUGGACGACGGCUUGGACACAGACUUCGAUUUUGAAGGGAACUUGGCGCUUUUCGACAAAGCGGCCGUUUUUUCAGAGAUUGACACAUCGGAGCGUCGUAAUGGGGCAAGGUCACGAGGUACCCCUCACGACCAGACUCCCUCGCGGUACCGCCACGACGAGAACAUUAUUGAGGGCAAACCCAUAGUCUACAGACAGAUAACAGUACCACAGCCUGGAGCCAAAGAAUAUUGCACUGACUCUGGACUGGUUGUACCCAGUAUCGCAUAUGAACUGCACAAGCGUCUGCUGUCAGUUGCAGAGCGAUAUGGCCUCACGCUGGAGCGGCGACUUGAGAUGACCGGCGUGUGUGCUAGUCAGAUGGCGCUCACACUGCUUGGUGGGCCAAACAGGUUCACGCCAAAGAAUCUUCACCAGCGUCCCACAGUUGCGCUGCUGUGUGGUCCGCACGUGCAGGGGGCUCAGGGCAUCAGCUGCGGUCGUCACCUGGCCAAUCACGAAGUUGAGGUCGUCCUGUUCCUUCCGAACUUUGUCAAGAUGCUCGACUCCGUCACCAGCGAGCUCACUCUCUUUAAUAAGACUGACGGCAAGCUAGUAUUAAACAUCAAAGACCUGCCAGACACCCCUGUGGAUCUGAUCAUCAACUGCCUCGACUGCCAUGAGAACACAUUCCUGAUGGAUCAGCCCUGGUACCGAGCAGCUGCAGACUGGGCUAACCAGAACCGGGCGCCGGUGCUCAGUUUAGAUCCUCCCGUUAGUGGACAGGGACUGGCAGUGGAAGCCAAGUGGUCCCUCUCCCUUUGCCUCCCCCUACCCCUAGCAGAGGGGGCUGGCAGGGUUUACCUGUGCGACAUAGGUAUUCCCCGCCAGGUGUUUCAGGAAGUGGGCAUCAAGUACCUUUCUCCGUUUGGGUGCAAAUUUGUCAUCCCGCUGCACUCAGCAUAAUGAGACAGACCACUCGUUGAAGCUUUAACCCAUCCUGGACAUUACGUGAGCUUCAAAUGUUGUUGCGUAGUUAUCCAUAAAGUUACUGACUUUUCAACAUGAUUGAAUGUGACCCCACACUGAUUCUGGAGGACCGUUGCUUAGUUGCAUUCAUUGUUCAAGACUACAUUCUUGGUUAAGUUGGAGCGCCAACCACUUGGAAUUUGAGGUUAUUAUAAGAGGCUGCGCUAAUUGUGUAGAUACAGGUUGUAUCUAUGUAAUAUGUGAAUGAAGAGCUUAUUUGAAAAUCUUUGGUCUAAUGUUAAGUUUUGUUGGACAAUCUUUGACUUGAACAUAGUUACAAAAUGCCAUCCAAAGCUUUCGAGUGAUUUAACAAUAUUUCUUAUAUCUUAUUCUACAGAAAUAACUGAAGAAACUGAUUUAAUAGUGUAAUCAUCUCUACGUGAACAUUUGUUUUCCAUGCUGAGUUGGACUGUGACGCAUGGUGCUUCAGUAGAAUGAUACAGCGUGUCUUUUUUUGUUUGGAUUAUCUAGGGGACAGGUUAAAAUUGUCAUUUUUCAAUUCCAAUUAAUAGAUUUCCUACAAUUAUUUGGUAGGCUUUCACCCAAUAGAUUUACCAGAUGUGAAAUAAAUACAAAUAUAAAACAAAAUACGUUAAACGCAGGCCUGUCCUUUUCGCGAUAACUAAAAUAUACAAAUAGUGUGUUGCAAAUUUGAAGAACAAAAAAAAGAUGAGUUGCAUUCAUGGAUGGAUGAUAGAUAAAUGAAAGAUACAACCCAUUUUGAAGAUGUUUGUUUGGGAUUUGGGGUAUUGCUUCCUGUGUUACGACUUGUCAAUCGGAAGCCAGGAAUGAGCAUAUGCUGUGAAAUUGAAUUCAGGUUUGAAGAGGACACCUCACUGGUUUCUGUUUAGACCGAGGCCUUGGCAGGGGAUAGGGAAAAAGGCUCAUUCUCUCAUGGGACCAUAUUUGUUUGUGUGUGACUCAAUUUGUUAAAAUACAAUGGUGCAUAUUCUUCCAUGUGCCUCUUCUCUCUACCGUCCACUUCUGUCAUUUCCACACCUUCUCUACGUGAUUUAUGCACACCGGGUGGAUUAACCCGAUGUGUCGGCAUUCCCUCUCAUAUCGAAGAGAUUGCAUGCUCUCUUCUUCAAACGAAUGAAGAGGGUUUCCUCAGUUGCACUCCAGAGGAGUCUAAGUCUCGCGAGUCUAAGGCUAAUUGCACUUUCAGUUAACUGCUCCGGUGUUCCGGCGGCCCCUCGGCACGGUGGCUGACUCGUGCUGAUAGGGGCGGUAGGCACCAGACCCACAUAUGCUCAUGGACUGCACAUUGAGGGGGAAAAAAAUGAACCUAAAUGAUAUUGGCAAAUGCCAUAACAAAAUGUGAUACAUUCAAGGGGUCUGUCUGAAUAUGGAAGUAAAUAUGUGCCACCAAAUUUGAAUUUUAAAUGCCACAGAAAACAGGUUUUGAAUUUGCAAUGUAAAGUGAUCACAUUUUCAAUAGUUGCUACAAUUCGCUGUCUAAAAUUCCCCGCCUGUGCCACCAGCCAGGAUUACUUCAGGUCAGAACCCAACAGCCAGCCAAUCCAGUUACGCUUUCUUACGUGACGUACCUGACUAAGAAAGCGGAAUUGCAAUUGGCUGGGUGUUCAGUUGAAGCCUGGUGGAACAGACGGAAAAUUUCAGACAGUGGAUUGUAGCAGCUGUUGAAAAUGUGAUCACUUUAGAUUUCAAAUUCAAAUCUUGGUGGCCCAAAUUUACUUCCAUAUCUGAAUACUUUCCAUCCCCACCGUAUAUUAAUUGUCGGUUACACAAAACUGCACCUUUUUUUUUCACCUGCGCGGAUCAUUUCCACAUUGCGGCUGGUGCCUUGGAUUUUUUUUUUUUUUUUUUAUACAAACGCCCCCCAAAAAAUUUGCUGUCAUUUGAAUGGCGUGAUGGUGAGUUAGGUUUUGAAUCAUUUGUUUUCAUUUGAUCUAUUUUACUGUCUGUCGUGAAAUGCAAUUAGGACUCCCCCCUGUUUGGCGCUACUGGAGUUACUCGGCUAAGCUAAUCAACAGCUUGCUCAUUUUUUUUUUCUUUUCGAUUGCUUGGCUGUCUCCAAGCUGCUUCAGUCAUGAGAACACUAUUGUUAUGAAAUCACUUUUGUUAGCUUUGGACAGAAUACAACAGCAGUCCAAAGUGAAAAAUGUUACGGAAUACAAAAACAUGCUCGUUCAAAGUCGCCUACUAGCUGAGCGGUGCAUGUCUCACUGCUGAUGACUGACUUGAAAUCCGCUACCGGUGUUCAUGUCACAUUUAAAUUUUGCAAAUGUUUAUGCCAUUCAUGCGUCUCAGGAAAAUUCCACGAUGUAUGAAUUCCUUGAAGUCACAGAUUUCACUGAGUCACCCCUUUUGUGUCGGUAUGCAUGUUUGCCGUUAAGCACAGUGGGCGUGUCAGACGUCAUUCCAACAGAAAUGGUGCACCUUAAUUAGUAGUGGUGUGUAAAAAAAAAAAAAAAAAAACUGACUUGUGCACCAACAGGAGAAUAUGAGCCAUUCUUCACAUACUUCAGUUGUUUCCUUUAUAGAAUUUUUUGUUCAUUUUAAUUAAGGAUACCCAGGAGGUAUAGGAAGCACUUGAUUCAUAUUGUAUUUCUUUCAAAAUUAUCUGCAUUUUCCAGCAUUCCAGAGGUCCAGCAUGUUGCUACAAAUACUGUAUGUAUUGACCACCAUGAUGGAUUGUGAACCUUUGCGAGUGACUCGUCUUUGAUUUGCCAGCGUAGCCGUGAAUUUCACACAAACAAACAGUAUUCUGCUUUUGCAUUUGUUUUUCACUUGGACUAUCACUUUUUUUUUUUUGGUCUAUAAGAGAUUGCGUUUCAACAAAGUGUCAUCCGUGUACUUUUUUUGUCCAUGUUUUCUAAAGUGUCUUACACCUGCAUACUGAAAGAAUUAAAGAUGUCAACUUUU